AUGAAUCCUCUAGGAUGGAUGUACGAGACAACGUUAGUCACCAUGCACAAACCUCCUUUCAUUACAAGGGAAGAUCAUGCUUAUCACAUUCAGUGCUUCUACGAGGAAAAAGACGAAACGUUGAGUAAUGACCUAAGCGUAGACGACCUUGAGGUUGAUUCAAUCGAGAACGUCGCCGAACCCCCCGAUUGUGCGUACUACCUCAGGAACGAAACGCCGAACGGCCCGCCCAUGAAAUAUGCGAGAAUCGGACAAGGUGCGUUCCACGUGUGGGAGUGUGAAACUGAUAGUGAAAGUCAGGGAUUGUAUACGAUGAAGGUGCAUAGCUGCUAUGUGAAGUCUGACACUCAGGAUAAGCACAUGAUAAUCGACGAAAAUGGGUGA